CCCCAUCGACAAACAAAACGGCAUCGUUCAAGUUGGUUGACACUUUCUCUUUAUUUAUCCUCUAAAACCUACCACCCCCUCUCUCCCCGUUGGUCCGAGAACUCCUCUGCGUAUCCUCUAGAUCUGUUCGUUUUCGGACAUCUGUUAUCACCAAAUCUGAGAUCUAUCGAUCUAUGCUGUGUCACCACCACCACCAGAUCUGCAACUCUUAUAAUGGCGGAGACUCUCAAAGAAGAUUCGAUCACGAUUCGCGAGGUCUGGAACGACAACCUCCUCGAGGAGUUCGCGCUGAUCCGCGAGAUCGUCGACAAAUACAACUACAUCGCCAUGGACACCGAGUUCCCAGGCGUCGUCCUCAAGCCCGUCGAGACCUUCAAACGCAACAACGACCUUAACUACCGCACCCUCAAAGAGAACGUCGACCUCCUCAAACUCAUCCAGCUCGGCCUCACCUUCUCCGACGAGCACGGCAACCUCCCCACCUUCGACGACAAGUUCUGCGUCUGGCAGUUCAACUUCCGCGAGUUCGACGUCGGGGAAGACAUCUACGCGACCGAGUCCAUCGAGCUUCUCCGCCAGUGCGGGAUCGAUUUCAAGAAGAACGUCGAGAGGGGCAUCGACGCUGUCCGGUUCGGGGAGCUGAUGAUGUCGUCAGGGAUCGUGCUUAACGAUUCCAUCACGUGGGUUACGUUCCACGGAGGUUACGAUUUCGGGUAUCUCGUCAAGCUUCUGACUUGCAGGGAGCUUCCCUUCGAGCAGUCCGAUUUCUUCAAGCUGCUGUUUGUGUAUUUCCCCACGGUUUACGAUAUCAAGCACUUGAUGACGUUCUGCAACGGGCUGUUCGGAGGGUUGAACAGGCUAGCGGAGCUUAUGGGGGUUGAGAGAGUUGGGGUUUGUCAUCAGGCUGGGUCCGAUAGCUUGCUCACGUUAGGCUCGUUUAGGAAGCUCAAGGAACGUUAUUUCCCUGGGUCCACUGAGAAGUACACUGGUGUCUUGUAUGGUCUAGGUGUGGAUGAUUCUGCUACUACUAUUACUAAUUAAAGUUCGAGGGAGGGGGAGGACUGCAUUUAGGUUUUUUUUAGUCUUUGUGAGUGUGAGACCAAUUAGAGACUUUGUUGUUUGUGUAAAUUGGUUUUUCUAGUAAGUGAUUGUUGUGUCUUUUGUUAUUUUUCAGGAAAAAAAACCUCUUUGUUCUCAAAUGAAGGAGGGGUUUGUUGUUAAUGUUUUAGCUUUGAGUUUCUGAAUGUAUAUCAUCAUUUCAGCAGCUACCCCCGUUUCAUUAAUAAAUAAUCUUCUAUUUUUCUGUC